AUGAUGUUUGGAAGAGGUUCUCCAAAGUUCGUGGCUUCGUCCAAGAAGUUGUCACCAAAAGCUUGUAGUACAAAAAGGAAAGGGACGUCUCCAAAAGGUUGUACCUCAAAAAGGAAAGGGGCAUCUCCAAAAGCUAGAGCAUCAGUGACUUUUGAACAAGAGAAGACUCUAGUUGAGUUGUUUCAUGAGCAUAACAACCCAUCAUUUAGGGGAGACAAUGGAUGGUCUACUGAAGCAUGGAACAAGAUAACAAGAGAAAUGAAUGAGAAGCAUCCAUAUGCUUUAUUCACAAAGCUGCAAAUACAAAAUAAGGAAAAGGAACUCAAAAGGGACUAUCGCUUCCUCAAAGAAGCAAGGAUGCAAAGCGGAAUCUCAUGGGAUGACUCAAGGAAGAUGGUGGUGGCUGAACCUGCAUUGUGGGAAAAUAUUCUCAUUUCAUUUCCUAAAGCGAAGAAGUUCCGCUCCAACAGGGCUUCCUUUCCAUUGUUUGAUGCUUUAGGAGAGCUACAUGAUGGACAAAUAGCUGAUGGAACUUUGAACUUCACGUCAUCUGAACCUUCUCAACAUCCUAUUCUUACUCAAGUUGAUAAUGUCGAUGAGCCUUUCGAGAGAGCGAGCACGUUUCUGGAUAUUGAAGAGAGAGUGGAUGGUGAUGACGAUGAUGAUGAGAUAAGAAUCUCUACCCAGCAACCAGAAAAAGCGGUUGGAAAAGAUCCUAUGGAGGUUCAAGGUACUGUUGGGAAGCGAGUGGAGAAGGAGCCAAAGAAAUGCAAGAAAGCUGAUGUUGCAGGGAUGAUGGAGAGCUAUAUUGCCAUGAAGACCAAGCAAGUUGAAGAGGAAGCUGCAGCAAGGGAGAGAGCCAAGGCUGAUGUAGAUGAGUUUUCAAUCAAGAAAUGCAUCGCUGUGGCGAACGAAAUUGAAGAGCUAACCACUGAAGAAAAAGUAGAUGCCUUUGAUGUUUUCAUGAAUGAACAAAAGAGAGAGAUUUUCCUCAGCGCUGAUCCAUCAAGUCGCAUCAUGUGGUUAAGGAGGCAAUUGUCUAGACUAGCUUGA